AUGCUGAGAGAAGAAGUUGUGGCUGAUCGGGGUCCUGAAAUUGACUUUAAAAUUCGCCAGAUUGCAUCGAAUCUUCAUCACCAGGCUGAUAAUCUGGUCAGGUUGUUGGAUAGGGAUUAUGCUCUUGGUCACUAUGCUAGGGUCACUCCAGCUGUACAGUGGGCGCAAAAUUCUACGCAUGUUUUCAUUAAUAUCAAGUACUCGCAUAGAUGGAAUAGUCCAGUUAUUGCUUUACAAGCUAUGUGUUUAGGCUGGUGGACUCAGUCUAGCGUUGGUCGGAUGAGCGUCACACUGGAGAAAGCUGAGGGGAAUUUCAGAUGGCGACAGCUCGUGUUUGAGCCGAAGAAGCAAAUCUCCUUGGGAUCUGUUGGCCCAUGGCUUGACCUGGCAGAGCGUUAUGCAGAGGAAGUAUCGACUCUACCAUAUCACGAUGGAUAUCAGAAGUCGAAGCCUACUCAGUCGAGCAAGGUUAACCCCAAAGUUUAUUCGUGUGUAUAUGCCCAAGUCGAGAGACGCUCCCUGGGUCGUAUUGGUUCUGUCGGGGUUGUUCUGGACUGCGUUUAUGAUGGUGUUGAUAACAGUGUUGAAGAAGGCGAAUUACAGACCGUUGUUUAG